CGUUAAACACCAUAGAAGUAUUUUGACGUAAGGAAACCACCAGCAGUCGAGCCACAUUCCUUACUUGUUGCUAUUUUGUUAUUGAAAUAUUUCGCUAUUUAUAAUGACAUGCAGAAGAGGGGCUCUCAUUGUGCUUGAAGGAGUGGACAAGGCCGGGAAGACUACACAAUGUAACAAGCUAGUCCAAGCACUGCAGGACAGUGGACAGAAAGCUGAGAUGAUGAAAUUCCCUGAAAGAAGCACAAAGAUCGGCCAGCUGAUCAACUCCUAUCUUGAGAACAAAAGCAACCUGGAGGACCAUACAGUGCAUCUUCUGUUCUCUGCCAACCGAUGGGAACUAGUGCCUCUGAUGAAGGAGAAGUUGGAGCAGGGCAUCAGUCUGGUGGUGGAUAGAUACGCCUUCUCUGGAGUGGCCUUCACCAGCGCCAAGCCUGGUUUCAGUCUGGACUGGUGUAMGAAUCCUGACAUGGGGCUGCCCAAYCCAGACCUGGUGAUGUUCCUMCAGCUCAGCCCGUCUGAGGCCGCUCAGCGGGGUCAGUUUGGGACAGAGAGAUAUGAGACCACCGUCUUCCAGAAGGUCGUACAGCAGAAGUUUGAACUUCUGAUGAAGGACCCUUCUGUCAAGUGGCAGGUGAUUGAUGCAGCCAGGAACAUUGAAGAUGUGCACGCUGACAUUAAGAACCACAGUGUUGAUGCCAUCAAAGCAGCAGAGAACGAGCCAAUCGGYGAGCUGUGGAAGGAGAUUACACCUAACAGUGCCUAGUACACAAGGAGAAGUCCGAAGAUGGGUAAAAGACUUGAAUAUGAAACUGCAAACUGUAUGUUACGAUAUUUAAGUGGGUAUAGUCAACUCUUUCAAAUCAUUAUUUCACACAAAAAAAACACAAACAAGUAAAUUUAAAUAAAUGUCCAAGCUGUAAAUUUA